AUAAUCCAUUUUGUAAAAAGUGCUAUAUAACUUAACUUGGUAGAUUUGUUGUAAUGAAGCAUUCAGCAUUGUAGCACAUUCACAUUCAUCUUGGCCCAUUCACUUUGACCUGUUUAAUAUGUGAAGGUCUGAAUGCACUGAAUUUUGUAUUGCACUUGCACUUUUGAUCCAAAAGCUAAAUAUUGAUGACGUUCCCUACGUCAUCACGCUACACUUCCCUGUGGAGACUCCUCCGCUUUCACUUUGCUAGUGGGAGCUGCGCCGCUGUUUAUGCGAACGGACACUUUUGAAUCAAAAUUCGCAAAAGUGAUAAUGAAGCUUAUUUUUAAAGCACUCCCAGUGACUUUGUUUUUACUCUACCAUGUUGCGCCUGAUAAAGUAUCAGUGUCUUUGAUGGAGGGAGAUUCAGUCACACUACGCACUGAUCUUGAAAGAAACCAACAACGAUACAUUAAAUGGAAUUUUUUUGACACUCGCAUCGCUCAAAUGGAUGGAGAUCUUGGUUUUAUCUGUACAGAUGUUCAGUGUAACGAAGGUACUGAGAGAUUCAGAGACAGACUGAAGCUGGAUCAUCAGACUGGAUCUCUGACCAUCAUGGACAUCAGAACAACAGACUCUGGAGAAUAUGAAUUGAAAAUUUCAAGCGACGGCAGUAAAAAGAUCUUCAGUGUUUCUGUCACUGAGGUUCCUGCUGCUGAACUAUAUGAAAUAAAGAAGGGAGAAUCUGUCACUUUACAUGCUGGCCAAAUAAAAUACCCAAAUACCACGUGGUAUUUUAAGAACACACUCAUCGCUGAAAUCACUGGAGAUCAGAGUAAGAUCUGUGAAGAUGUUCAGUGUAAAGAGAGAUUCAGAGACAGACUGAAGCUGGAUCAUCAGACUGAAUCUCUGAUCAUCACAGACACCAGAACCACAGACUCUGGAGAAUAUAAACUACACAUCACCAUCAGCGAUAACAGCUUCAUCAUCACCAGAGUAAAGAGAUUCAGUGUUUCUGUCACUGAUUCAGGUCUGUCUUCAGGCGCUGUCGCAGGAAUAGUUGUUGUUGUUCUGCUGCUGGUAGCUGUUAUAGCUGCUGGUGUGUUUUAUCGUCAUCGCAGGAGCCAUGCAGCUGUACCACAACAAUGAGGAUGAUGAUGAUGAUGAUGAUGGUAACUCACUGCCUGAGCCUUAACAUUUGUUUGCGGUACACAGCAAAAUCCCCAGUGUUAAUUUAACACUCUUGAGUGUGGACUCAUAUAAACACUGAAGCAGUGUUAAAAGUAACACUGAAGCAGAGUUGAAGUUAAUGAGAUAAUUAAGAAGUUAAUUGAGUUAUGAUUGAGCAUUAUUGAAGACACCUGAUGUUAACAAGCAGAAUCACCAAUCGAGAAAAUCACAAUUUGUGUGUCACCAUUAUAGUGGUCAAUGUUUGCUUUAGUUGGGAUCUUGACCCUUCAGUUAUUAACUUUAGAUUUUAUGUGGCUGUGGUGACUGAAUUAUAUCAUACAGACAGACCACAGCAAAGGCAAUCAUGUGAGCUAUUGAUUGUGGUUUGAGCUAUUUGUUAUAGAAUGACCUGAAUGCCUGAGUUUAGGUUUCUUUACUGCAUACAUAAAUUAAGUGAAAAAGAAAAGCAAGCAACCCAGCAUUUCUGACAUAGUAUGACAUGUUUUUAAUAGUUAGUUCUACGUAAAAAAGAAUUCUUUAGUUUAGACACACAGACAUCAGGAAUCAGCGUGAGCAUCACAACAACGGUGACCAUCAAAAAAGCAUGUUGUAGCCAAUAAAAACUCAUCCAUGGCUCCCAUCAUGCAUUGCGGCAAGAAUAAAUUAUGAGCUGAACUG